AUGGGCCAGGAUUAUUACUCUGUGCUCCAGAUCACUCGCAAUUCAGAAGAUGCUCAGAUCAAGAAUGCGUACCGGAAACUUGCCCUUAAGAACCACCCGCUGAGGUCCAUUGAGCCAGGUGCAGUGGAGACAUUCAGACAAAUAGCAGAGGCCUACGAUGUGCUGAGCGACCCUGUGAAAAGAGGCAUCUAUGACAAGUUUGGAGAGGAGGGUCUGAAGGGCGGAAUUCCUCUGGAGUUUGGAUCACAGACCCCAUGGACAACUGGUUACGUCUUCCACGGCAACCCAGAAAAGGUUUUCCAUGAGUUCUUUGGAGGAGAUAACCCCUUUAAUGAGUUUUUUGAUGCAGAAGGAAAUGAGGUAGACAUGAAAUUUGGGGGACUCCGGGGCCGAGGGGUCAAGAAACAGGACCCUCCAAUCGAACGAGACCUCUACCUGUCCCUGGAGGACCUAUAUUUUGGCUGCACCAAGAAAAUUAAGAUCUCCCGAAGGGUGCUGAACGAGGAUGGGUACUCCUCUACCAUCAAAGACAAGAUCCUCACUAUCGACGUAAAGCCUGGUUGGAGGCAGGGCACACGUAUCACCUUCGAGAAAGAGGGGGACCAGGGUCCCAACAUCAUCCCAGCCGACAUCAUCUUCAUUGUAAAAGAGAAGCUACACCCUCGCUUCCGCAGGGAGAAUGACAACCUCUUUUUUGUGAACUCCAUCCCCUUGGGCAAGGCUCUGACCUGCUGCACCGUGGAGGUGAAGACCCUAGAUGACCGUCUGCUCAACAUCCCCAUCAAUGACAUCAUCCACCCCAAGUACUUCAAGAAGGUGCCAGGGGAGGGGAUGCCACUGCCGGAAGACCCCACCAAGAAGGGGGACCUCUUCAUUUACUUCGACAUCCAGUUCCCCACCCGCCUCACACCCCAGAAGAAGCAGAUGCUGCGCCAGGCGUUGCUGAUGUAA